AUGGCAGCGAAACCGGAAGAAGUAAACACAGCGCCCGUCGAGGCCGUCAAUGCACCUGUCGGCGCUAGCGUAGAGACGCAACCCGAGCCUCAGCUCACGGCCGAGACUACCGAGAAGAAAGACGAAUCCGCGGCAGUGGAGACCACAACGGCAGCUGUGGCUGAUCUCUCGGUUGCAGAGAAGAAGGAGGAUGACAAGACUGUAGAAGGGGAAUCACCUGUCGUGGCCAGCGAUAUUCCAGUUGCGGAGAAGAAAGAGGAUGACAAGCCCGCGCAAGAAGCAACGCCUGCAGCUGUGAGCGAAGCUCCAGCUGCGGAGAAGACAGAGGAAGCAGCACCGGCAGAUGUCCCAGUCGUAGACCAAAAGAUCGAGGAGGAGAAGACUGUAGAGCAAGCAGCCUCUGCAGCGGUCACAACAACAGCGGAAGCCACACCCAGCGACGCCAACGCCAACGUCGAGGCCUCGGAAAAGCCCGAAGCCAGCCCCGAAGCCAGCACAGAAACACCCACAUCAGGAACCAUAUGGCCCCAGACAGGCCCCGAGCACCCCCUCACGCGAUUCUACGACGCCUUCGAAGAGCUCGUCGCCUCCGCCUCGCACAAUGAGGUAUACGGCAUCGAGCUCAGCAAGAACAACGAGUUCCACACCAAGCUGAUUCUCCAAAAGUUUCUGCGUGCCAACCAGAACGACCUUGAAAAGGCAAAGACACAGCUCCUCAAGACGCUGAAAUGGCGGAAGGAGUUCGACCCCAUCAAAGCCGCGAGCGAGACAUACGACAAGGCCAAGUUCGACGGGCUAGGCUACGUGUUGGAAGUCGAGGGCGUACCCGAGAGUCCCAAUGCAAAGGACAUUGCUACAUUCAACAUCUACGGCGCUGUCAAGGAUAACAAGGCCACAUUUGGGGAUUUGGGUCUCUUCCUACGUUGGCGUGUCGGCCUCAUGGAGAAAUCCAUCCAAGCCCUCCGUCUCUCCUCGGCCACAACCCCUAUCCCCGACUACGGCCAAGGCCCAGACCCCUACCAAGGCUUCCAAGUCCAUGACUACCUCCAAGUCUCCUUCCUGCGCCGCGACCCCCUCGUCAAGACAGCCACCAACAAGACAAUUGAGAUACUCGGUGCGCACUACCCAGAGACGCUGUCGCGCAAGUUCUUCGUCAACGUCCCGGCAGUUAUGGGAUGGGUGUUCCAGGCAGUUAAGCUGGUGGUGGCUAAGGAGACGAGUAAGAAGUUCGUAGUGCUGAGUAAUGGGGGUGCGCUUGCGGGUGAGUUGGGCAAGGGUGUGCCCAAGAGCUAUGGGGGUGAGAAGGAGGAGUUGGCAGUUUGUGCCGAGGGCAUGAAGAUGGAGUGA